AUGCCUAGUACGCGUGGAUACUGGGAGACAGAGACUAGGUAUCUGCCAGUAGCCGAUGUGAUGAGUCGCAACAGGCUGAAGGAUUGCAGACUAAUGGACGAUAAAGAACUUAAGAAAUGUGGGAGAGGAGCAACAGACCAUUGGGUUGAGGAUAGCGUGGGUGUCGUCGCCAUCAAGUGGUAUGACAACAAGCCCGUCACACUCCUCUCAACAUUUGUUGGGGUUGAUCCGACUGACAGCGUUCGACGUUGGGACAAAGCAAAAAAGGAGCAUGUCCAAGUAUCCAGACCAAGCAUAGUAAAGGAAUAUAACAAGUUCAUGGGAGGUGUAGAUCUCCAUGAUUCUCUCACUGCUCUGUACAAGUACCCAGUCAGGUCCAAGAGGUGGUACAUUUACAUCUGGUACCAUACCCUCACAAUGGUUGUAGUGAAUGCGUGGCUCCUAUAUCGCAGGCACUGUGGUCAGCUUGGUUGCUCACACUUGCCACUACGCAAAUUUCAGGCAUCUGCAGCAAGCUGCCUUACCUCAGCAGGAAAGCGUGCGAGGGGGCGACCAAGCAACACAGCCACUCUGCCAUCUCCAGCACCAGUGAAAUGGAAGAAGAGUCCGGCUAAUGACAUCGGGAAGGAUGGUGUAGAUCAUUUGCCCCUAUGGGUAGUAAAGCGCCAAAGGUGCAAGCACUGUCAGGGAGGAUUCCUCUCCUUUGUGCAGUGCACCAAGUGUGAUGUGCAUCUCUGCCUAAAUAAAGACAGAAACUGCUUUGCACCAUAUCACACCCCAAAUAACUUUCCCAAACUUAUCAUCUGA